AUGUUUGAUUCUUUUUUUAUUAUUUCUUUUUUACUCUCCGCCGCCUCUAAAUUGAGUGCUAACGGUGGUUUCUUCAGGGCGGACCGACGGCGCACCAGGAACAACAACGUUCGAGGCCCCCACUCUGCGCUUACGGAUUUCCUUGCGUCCAACAACAUAUCUGCUGCCCAAAUUCACGAUGACCAUCAAAGACGCCUCAGAGAAGCCGAGCGCCAGGAGGCUGCGCAAACCCCUCCAGAUGCUGCCGAACCCUCGGAGGGCGAGAACACCAGCGAGUCGCCCGAACAGAAGAAGAAGCGCAAGCGGAAGGAGUCGGCCACCCUAGCCAAGAUCAAACAAAGCAAGGAAUUUGCUCGUCGUAAGAGUCGGCGGACUGGCGAGCCUGAUGGCGAUGAUGACUUCAUUGCAAGGGAGAUGAUGCAUGAGAAGUCUCGUCCAAUGCCAGGCCAACUAGAGAAUUGCGAAAUUUGUAGCAAGCGCUUCACGGUCACCCCAUACAGCAAGACUGGACCCAAAGGAGGUCUUCUCUGCGCAAAGUGUUCCAAAGAAGUGGCCGACAAUGAAAAGAGCUCAAAGCCCAAAAAGCGUGCCCCGAGGACCGGCCGUCGCCAAAACCAGAGCAAUCUGCUUGACGGGAUUGCUCAGCACGGAGCAUUGAGCUUGGUCGAAAUGUGUACCAAAAAAGUUGCCGACAACAUCAAUGAUAUCGACGAGUUUGGAGAUUUGCCGUCGAAGCUGCUACACCGUCUUAGCCAGAUACUGUCCAGAAGGAGGGCGAUGACGCCGAGGACUUUAAAUCUAUUUCUUCGUCCGGACAUGGACUCUAUUGAUAUCUACGACUCUGCAAAACUUGAAACCGACGAUUUCCAGAAAAUUCUGACAUUCAUGCCUUCUCUGGCCCAUAUCAACCUCCGCUUUGCCGGUCAGUUGAAGGAUCGAGUUUUUGAGUACCUGCUUGAUCGGAACCUCCCGAUCAGGUCUCUGCAGUUGGACGCUGCCAACCUUGUGUCAGAUGCAUACUGGCGACGAGUAUUCCAGCGAUUUGGACCGCAACUAGAAAGACUUAAGUUGUCCAACCUUGACUUUGCUCUGGAUGAUGAGAGCGUCGCCUUGAUGUGUGAAAAUUGUCAAUCACUUCGCCAGCUGAAAUUGAAGUACUGUUGGAAGAUGGGCGAUGGUUCUCUCCAAGCCAUAUCGACCCUUCCUUUGCUGGAAAGCUUGUCCCUGGGCUUUGUUAAGGAGACCAGGCUCGAAAACCUUCUCGAGGCUGUGUCCAGGACUGGUUCGGGUCUGCGAACGCUGUCCCUGGAGGGGUUUACCAAUGCGGACGACCGUGUUCUCGAAACCAUUCACGAUCAUUGCAAAUCGCUCACCAAGCUUCGGUUUUCGGACAACUCGGUUUGUACCGACCAGGGCUUUGUGAAGCUGUUUAGCGACUGGUCAAACCCUCCAUUGCAAGUGGUGGAUCUCUCCUCGACGCGAGAUGUGGACAAUAACAAUCCCGACGGUCCGACAGACGCAACUGGUCUUGCGUCUGGGGGAUUCGUCGCCCUGAUGAAUCAUUCGGGCGCUACGAUUCAAAAGUUGAACAUCGCAUCUUGUCGUCAUGUGUCUCGCGCCGCUUUUGAGGAGGUUUUCUCGGAAGAAAAAAGAUACCCCAAUUUGAGGGAGCUCGACGUCUCGUUCCACACCACUCUCGAUGACUAUCUCGUCGGUCGGCUUUUCCGAUGCUGCCCGGCCAUCAAAAAAUUGGUGGCGUUUGCUUGCUUCAACAUCCGAGACGUGCAAGUCCCUGUUGGUGUCGCAUUGAUUGGGGGAUUGAAGGCCCAGGACUCGAUCCUUGUCGAAGGCGCGUUGUAG